AUGGGUAGAUUGCACGAAUAUCAAGUAAUUGGCCGUAAACUUCCAAAUGUAAAGGACACUAUUCCAAGACUUUAUCGUAUGAGACUUUUCGCCCCUAAUGAAGUUGUUGCGAAGAGUAGGUUUUGGUAUUUUCUUAAAAAGCUCAAAAAAGUGAAAAAAGCUGCUGGCGAAAUUGUAUCCAUCAAUGAGAUCUUUGAAAAGAGACCUUUACUAAUUAAGAAUUUCGGUAUAUGGCUCCGGUAUGAUUCCCGUUCUGGCACGCAUAAUAUGUACAAAGAAUAUCGGGAAUUGACCAGAACUGAUGCUGUUCAUUCCUGUUAUCAAGAUAUGGCUGCCCGUCAUCGUGCUCGAUUUUCUUCAAUUCAAAUUAUGCGUGUCGCAGAAUUGAAGACUAACCAAGUGAGACGUCCAUAUAUCAAACAGUUACUUGAACCUAAUAUCAAAUUCCCUCUUCCUCAUCGUGUACAAAAAUCGAAGACUACAUUUUUGGCCAAACGUCCUUCAACUUUCUAUUAG